CUGGUUUUAAUAACCCAGCAAUUUCGUCUACACAGCCGGCUAUCAAUGCAGUAUUGCCUCUUUAUUUUAUGGAUAAUAUUAACAUCACACUAAUUAAUAAAAUUAUGCUAUCAACUGGAAACAUUUCGAUCUACCAAAUUAUAAGCGAAAAUAAUUAUUUAUUACGUCAAUCUUAUGAAGCUUCAACUAAUUAUAAUAACUUUGUCAAAGCAUUAUCUUAUGAAGAACCAUUGAGUGGAAUUGAACAAAAUGUUUGGCAUGUGAAGACAUCUCAAACAUAUAAUAAUGCAAAAAUUGUUGAUUUAUAUCAGCAAAUUAAGUCCAGCCUUCCAAUUGAUGAAGGCAGAUUAAAAAGGACUGGAAAUAUUCAAUCAACUUCUGCUGGUCUUUUAAUUAAAUUUUCAAUUCAAAAGGCAAAAGAUCCUUUAACCAAUCCGAAUGUAGACGAUAUCAUACAAGAUUUGAAUGAUAUGAUAGAAAAUAAAUAUAUAAGCGCUCUUUCAAGUCAGAGUUACAUGAUAUUUUUAGACAAUUCAUUCGGAUUUAAAGUUAAGC